GGCAACCUUGCCUCGUAAAGGUGUUAAGAUCAAAUCUUUUCCCCUAUUUGUGCGGAACACCCUUUACUAAACAGAGACGGCUGAGCUAAAACUCAAUGGCAGAGUCAUAAACAUAAAAUAUGUGGAUAUAAAACUUCUUGGUAAUGAAAGGGGAAAACUUUUGGUGUGCAUCGAUUUUCACAAGUGAAAGGUUGAUAUUUCUGACGGUACAGUAAGAAAAAUGGAUCCCUUUUAUCCGCACAAAUUCGACAGCGUAGUGGUCAAAUCGGAAACCCAGAUAGACCAUUCCUAUGAAUCUUCACCGGCCGACAACGGAGGAGAGGAUGAGGCUGUAGAAGCUUUUGACUGUGAUGCUGAUUCAGGUCCAUCGUUUAAAGAUGCAGAGUUAAUAAUACCCAGUGAAAAUAACUAUGGAUUUGGAGAUGCUUACAGCAGGGUUGUUGAAGAUGACAUGUAUUCAAUAGUGGAAAUUUUCGAUUGUGGUGAUUUGAUUCUCUCGGUUAUGCCUUCCCGGUGGGUCUUCCGUUUCGGAUGGAACAACGGAAUAACGGAUGAACGUACCCCCAUCGAAGGUGCAGAUAUGUGCUACUGGCCGAGAGGACCCGCUGGAUAUCGUCUGAUGGAGAAAGCUCAAAUAGAUCCGGAUGUCAGGGUUGAUGGACGCGUAAUGAAAACUUAUCGUUGCAAAAUUAGGAAGAAAGGAUAUAGAAGCUUUGCAGAGGCCAUUCGGGAACGAACGCUUAUGGAAAGGAAUCUAUCCUCGAAUGCUGAAUGUAAGUCCUGUUCGAAGUUGCAGGUUUCAGUUAACACUUUACAACAGCAGAUGAAUCACGUGCUUAACGAAGUUGCCAGCACGAAAAUGCAACUAAGUAAAUGUGUAAAUCUUCUUACGCAAAUGAAUCCGCAAAGCGUCCAAGAACCUGGUUUGCAGCGUCCUGUAAUUCAAAAUCUAGUCGCACCAGCUACAGUGGUAUCAAACAAUUCCCAUGUCCAGCCUGAUGCUCCCUUCGCUCCGGUUAAAACGUUGGAAGAACUGGAAUCUUUGGAAGAAACGGCCAGGGACGAACAAUUCGUCACAAACGUAAUACUUUCGCUGGGAAACAUUUUCGGACGCAAUCGAUACGUUGGAAAUGGUCGAACUGUCUGCCUGCAAAUGGUAGAUUAUUUUUUCGACCGUAAAUUUUUAAAACUUUGCUCCUGGACCGGAUCGUCCCGCAGUACUAACGAAGAGGGUGUCAAAAUGAAAAUUCCGUUCCAGAAGUUUAGCCGCGUAAUACGAUUGUUUCAUCGAGUAGUCGUUUAUGCCGAUCCACAGUUUUCUUCCGGUGAAACAUUGCAAUUCCUGCACCGCUGUCUAAAGAGUGCCAAAACACGAUCGGAAGAUAAUCAACGGAUUCGAGUUUCCGUGGCCCGCAAGCGACGGAAAGGAACGGGUAUGAACCAGCUGCGGGAUAGCCAUGGUGACCUAUUGCAUUUUCAGAACAUGUUCAAUUAAUGUUGAUUCCAUUGAGUAUCCCCGCCAUUAUAAGAACAUCGAUUUAGCAUAAGAAAACGAAAUAAAUAAAUUUUAAUAAAAGAAACAAUUGAUGAUUG